AUGGCAAAAGAAGACUAUACGAAAAAUUCUACUAUAGCCUCAGCAUUUGGAAUUGCUACAGGAAUAAUCUCAAAAACACUUGUCUCUCCUCUUGAUAGGAUCCAACUGAUUUUACAGUCACAAAGCUUAAAUAAGCUGCCGGCAAAUGAAAAAUAUAAUGGGAUGUUUAAUUUCCUCUGAAAUGUCAGGUCACGUGAGGGCAUAAGAGCCAUUUGGAGAGGCAAUUUCGCAACCAUUAUCAAUAUUUUACCAAGAACUACGAUUAGGCUGCAUUUUCAUUUAUGGCUUAGAAAUCGUAUAACAAAAAAUCAAGGCAGCUUUGUAUGAGAAAUGAUGACUAGUGGGAUUUCUUCAGGAGUUUCUUUACUAUCAACUUAUCCAUUAGAUAUUAUAAGAACAAGACUUAUGACUGACUUAAGCUCUAAAAGAGACACAAGGAACUAUAAAAUAAAAAUAAAUUAAUGAUAUGUAUUUAAGGUCCCUUCUUCCAUGCGUGACAUUCCUCCGCGCUCCAUGAGGAGCCGUGCUGGCACGAGCGAAAAGGAUGAACUUCCAUCACUGGCUCUCUGAGCCCAGGCCGAAACCCCUGGUUUCUCGUUAGUGGUUACCCUAUUGGGUCGUCAGCCCGACCGUCGCCGAGCACCACCAUUUCCAACUCAGCCUUUCGCCCCGAGUUACGCAAGUCUUUGUCUCCGGUUGGCCAGAUUGUCCAUUUAAGGACCCUUUUAACUGGAGAGAUCGCCUUUAAGUCGUCUAAUCUGCCUCCCCUUUUACCAGCUUAUCCGCUUGAUAAAAUCCUCAAUCACUUCCGCGAUUCGGGGCAGACCACAGCAGCAGCUUGAGCAGAUAAGUCACCCUGCUCCAUCUGGCUUGAGCGCUGCUGGAAAAAGGAGAUGCUACUAACUGCCCUAGGAUCUGGCCACGAUCAGACGGGUCUGUGUUCGUCCCCGGUCGCCAACAGGGUCCAGAUACUGCUGGGCUAAGUCGCUUCUCCUGAAAACCAUGCCCGGAUAUACACGGGUUACCGUCACUGGGAGGAUGGGUCGGUCGCCAUACGCCAUUUUAUGUAUAUCCACAAGGGAACUAUAAAGGAGUCAUUGAUUGUUUUAAAAAAAUAUCUAAUGAAGAAGGAAUAAAAGGCUUUUAUAAAGGCUCAAUUAUAACGUUUUUAGGCCUUGUUCCUUAUUUAGGACUGUCAACUUAUACAUUUAAUUUAUUAGCUGAUUAUUAUUUUACUACACAAAAGCAAGCAUUUUUAGGAAUAAAUGAAUAUUAUAAUGUAAUGAAAUGGAAUUAUCCUUAUUGAAUUUUGGAUUUUUUUGGGGUUGCAAGUGUGGCAACAGGAAUUUCGAAGUUUUUGGUAUAUCCUUUAGAAACAAUUAAAGCGAAAAUGCAAGUGAGCGGGGCUAGAGGGUAUGAAGCUGGAUAUUCUAGUUAUAGGCAAUGUGUGGCAGAUAUAGUUAAAAGAGAAGGGGUUUUAGGAUUUUAUCGAGGAUUCUUUGUGUGCGUUGUGAAGGCUGCUCCAGCUACGACGCUUUAUAUGACUAUUUUUGAGUGGUUUAAUCAGUACACAAAAAUGGCGCUUUAA